UUUGCGUCCGUAAGUAACGCAGAGUCCCUGAAGGCAGCAGUAUUGUUGUUCCUACGUGCAUGGAUGUGGUGAAUUGUUGGAGAAUUUGACAUAUGGGACGGACAGACGUUGGUUAAAUUAAUAAACAGCUUAUUUGUUAGGCCGUUGUUUAACGUUAGAACUACCUCAAUGUAUUUUAAAAUUAGUCACUAGCCGGUGUUUCAACGGUAAAGCUGGAAGCUAGCGUGAGCUGUUAUUCAGCUGAAGGUAAACAGGGAAGACACUCAACAGACUGAAACCGUGUUUUUAUACCUCUGAAUGAGGGUGUCUUGGCCAAGAAAAGUAUGAUGGGCAUGCCCACUCGAAUAGAGUGUAUAUUUUUUAGUGAGUUUCAUCCUACUCUGGGCCCAAAGAUAACAUAUCAGGUCCCAGAGGAAUACAUUUCACGGGAGCUCUUUGACACAGUUCAAGUUUAUAUUAUCACCAAGCCAGAACUACAAAACAAAUUAAUAACAGUCACUGCUAUGGGAAAGAAGCUAAUCGGCUGUCCUGUGUGCAUCGAACAUAAAAAGUAUAGCCGAAAUGCCCUCCUCUUUAACCUCGGCCUAGUUUGCGACGCCCAGACCAAUACGUGUGCCCUCGAGCCGAUUGUCAAGAAGCUGUCUGGAUACCUCACAACUCUGGAGCUGGAGAGUGGCUUUAUAUCUAAUGAGGAGAGCAAGCAGAAACUUUUACCGAUCAUGUCGACCUUGUUAGAAGAACUGAACGCCACAGGAGCCUGCACAUUACCCAUAGAUGAGUCUAACACCAUCCACCUAAAGCUCAUCCAGCUGCGAAAGGAUCCCCCGAUAGUCCAGGAAUACGAUGUGCCUGUCUUCACCCAGUGCAAAGACCAUUUUAUCAAAUCUCAGUGGGACCUCACCACUCAACAGAUCCUGCCCUACAUCGAUGGCUUUAGACACAUUCAGAAAAUCUCUGCUGAAGCGGAUGUAGAGCUGAAUCUCGUUCGCAUCGCGGUGCAGAAUCUCCUGUAUUAUGGAGUAGUGACUCUGGUGUCAAUAUUCCAGUACUCUAAUGUGUACUGCACCACUCCCAAAGUCCAGAGCCUCAUAGAUGACAAGUCCAUUCAGGAGGAGUGUCUCAACUACGUUACUAAGCAGGGUCAGAAGCGUGCCAGCCUCAGAGAUGUGUUCCAGCUGUACUGUGGUCUGAGUCCAGGAACCACAGUCCGAGACCUUUGCUCCCGCUACUCGCUGCAACUUCAAAGGGUUGAUGAGAGGAGGCUUAUCCAGUUUGGACUGAUGAAGGCUCUCAUUCGACGGCUGCAGAAGUAUCCUGUGAAGGUGAUCCGAGACGAGAGAAGCAGGCCGCCUCGACUCUACACCGGUUGUCAUAGUUAUGAUGAGAUCUGCUGCAAAACAGGGAUUAGCUACCAGGAGCUGGAUGAACGUUUGGAAAAUGAUCCCAACAUCAUCGUGUGCUGGAAGUGACACGAAGCCAUUGGACUGAAAGACACAGAGAUGCCUCAACCAAAGAUGCCUUUAGUGAGAGGAGCAUAGGGUUUUGUAAUUUUGUUUGCUUAGUUCUUUUUUAAAGCAAUCUUGAAUCUUUUCAUAAAGAACUGGAAUCAACAGGUCUUCAAGUCCAAUGAUGAAGGUGAAUACUGUACACAGGAAAAUAGUGUUUAUGAUGCAAAAAUUAGUCUGGCUGUCUAUCAGCCCUGCUUACCUUGUUAUAUACAUUAUUAAAUUAAACUAAAGCUAAAAAUGUC